CUGAUUGCCCGUUUCCCCUCGACCAUCGUAAAAGAAGCAUUGCUACCAUGUGCUCUAGCAAGUGAAUCCAGGGUCCCCGCAUCCUAAUACCGAACUACAUGCUCCGGCACUUUGGUUUCCAAGCCAAGAUGAGCGAGUUUAUACUGGCGAAGCUUGACUAUAUAACAACUGCAGAUCCCCGGGUCUGCUCCUCCCCACCGUGCUCAACGACAGACAGACUCCCAGAAGCGCAUCUGGACUAGAAGCAUUUUUGCACCGCGCAGCCAUGGCGAUUGCAACAGCCGUCCCUACCGAUUGCGAGCUCAAGGUUCUCGACUUUUCCAGCACAGACACGCAGGACCUGGUCCGCGAGGCUGAGGCGAAUGAUGCCGCUGACUGCUCGCUGACGCUCAGGGCCGCGUUGAAGAAGUACAGGAGAGCUGUCUUCUGGGCCAUGUUCUUGUCCACCAGCCUGAUCAUGGAAGGCUACGACGUUGUUAUCAUCACUUCGUUCUACGGACAGACACAGUUCCUCGAGCGCUUUGGCGAGCUGGACGUGAGGGCCGGGAAGAAGCUCAUCUCGCCCGCGUGGCAGUCGGGGUUGACCAACUCGGCGCUCAUCGGGCAGCUUGCUGGCCUUGUUGUCAACGAGUGCGCCCAGGAUCGCUUUGGGUGCCGCAGGACGAUGAUGUUCUUCAUGGGCUGGAUGAUGUGCGCCAUUUUCAUCGUCUUCUUCGUGCCGUCGCUGUCCCUGCUGACGUUCAGCGAAGCCAUGUCCGGCAUCCCGUGGGGUGUGUCCCAGACGCUCUCCACCUACGCGUCCGAGGUCGUGCCUACUAUCCUCCGUCCCUAUGUCACUGCUUACGUCUGCAUGUGCUGGGGCGCCGGCAUCCUACUCUCUUCCGGUGUAGUCAGAGCCAUGAUCGACGUGCAGGGCAACCUGGCAUGGCGCUUGCCGUUUGCUCUGUAGUGGGUGUGGCCUCUGCCGCUGCUCAUCGGGGCCUAUUAAGCGUUCGAGUCGCCCUGGAACUCCGUCCGACGCGGUGACGCCGAGGAGGCUACAAGGAGCCUGAAGCGCCUGCGACAAGAUUCCCCCCACCGCGAUAUCGAGGUCGCACGGACGGUCGCGUACAUCAAAUACACGACCGAGCUGGAGAAGGCCGAGACGGAGAGCGCCAGCUACCUCGAGUGCUUUAGGGGCGUGAAUCUGCGCCGCACGGAAAUC